UAUUCCAUGUUCUUCCACGGAAUUGUUCUUCCAGUCUUCGAAACCUAUUGCUGUGGGCAGAGAUAUCAGUUGUUUUAUACCAAACGUAGCUGAAAUCUCUACCUGUGGAUUAUUGUUCAUCCACCAGCGAUUUCCACCGCCCCAUGUUUCUUGAUCUCUAUAUAGUUCUCUGUUAUUUCUUCCCCUUUACUCAUCAAAUCCUAUCUUACUGAAAGCUUCCUGUUGGCUUAUAAUGGCGCAUGCCGAUGAUAACGUCGAAUAUGAAGAGGAAUUUAUAGAGAAUCAACGUGGAGCGAGACUUUUUACAUGCAGAUUUGUACAGAGGAACGUAGAACCGAAAGCAUUGAUCUUUCUGUGCCAUGGCUAUGGCUCGGAGUGCAGCAUAUCCAUGAGAGACAUUGCAAUUCGAUUAGCGAAAGCAGGUUACGCAGUUCGUGGAGUAGACUAUGAAGGCCACGGCAAAUCGUCCGGAUUGCGAGGUUACAUCUCAAGCUUCGAUGAUCUCGUCAGCGACUGCUCUAACUACUUCAUGAGUGUAUGUGAGAGACGGGAGAACAAGAAGAAGCCGAGGUACCUUUUUGGGUUGUCCAUGGGGGGAGCAGUGGCUCUCCUCCUCCAUCUGAAGGCCCCAACCUAUUGGAGUGGUGCUGUUCUUGUGAGCCCCAUGUGCAAGAUCGAUGAGAAGAUGAAGCCGCAUCCUUUGGUGAUCAGCAUCCUGAAGAAGUUGUGUAGCAUCAUUCCGACAUGGAAGAUGAUUCCUGCAAAAGACAUGAUCGAUAUUGCCAUAAAAGAUCCUGAAAAGAGACAGGAGGUUCGAUCAAAUCCGUACAACUACAGAGGAAAUCUUCGUUUAGGAACCGGUCAUGAGCUUCUCAAGGUUAGCUUGGCCAUUGAGAGAAAUCUGCACCAGGUUACUCUGCCAUUCCUGGUGAUGCACGGCGGGGAUGAUAAGAUCUUCGAUCCAUCAUCAAGUGAAUUGCUAUACAAAUCAGCUUCCAGCACCGAUAAAACGUUUAAGGUGUACGAUGGCAUGUGGCAUGCGUUCACGUUUGGCGAGGCCCCAGAACGCGUGGAACUCGUCUUCUCCGACAUGGUGGCCUGGCUUGAACAGAGGACGAUGAAAACUGUAGUUGCACAAGAAGCUUCCUGUUGAUGCAUGAAGAAUGGCGGCGAUCUUGUUGAUCUUGAUGGCUUCCAUGAGACCUCGUUCUGUGUUGUGUAGAGUUUUUCUUGUCAGUGUCGUUUCAAUUGUGAACUGCAGAUAAUGCAGGAUCUAAUAAUUAAAGCGUUGGUUUCUGCUUGCCAUCA